UCAAAAUCCCAUGGAGAGAUUCCCGACAACGAAAUCUAGAUUCGGUCUUUCCUCUCCGAUCGGUGUGGACAUGAGGGGACCUCCUCUGCUCCAUUAAUUCUCGAACCCUUUUUUCUAUUUCUCUCUUGUUUCUCACUCCUUUCGCACUACUUCUCGUGUUAAACGUCGGGCACUUUUUGAUUUCCGGCUUUGGCUUCUUUCACUGUUUUGCUGCUUUGAGGACAAAACCUUUCUUGGUUACUAUCUUUUCUCUCUGGCCGACCGGCGACCACUACGGUGAGAGCCAUGGCUGAGCCCGACGCAGACAUCUCUGCUUCUUCUUCUUCUUGUUCUCUCAUUCAUGUAUUAGCCGUUGAUGAUUGCCUUGUGGACCGUAAAGUCGUCGAGAAGCUCCUCAAGGCUGCUAAGUUCAAAGUUACUAUAGUUGAAAGUGGAAAGAAGGCAAUGGAGAUUCUACAGUUGAAUGAAGAAAAGAUUGGAACUCCUACCGUUGAUGACCAGAAGAUUGACAUUAUUCUCACUGAUUAUUGUAUGCCCGAGAUGAAUGGUUUUGACCUCCUCAAGGUUGUCAAGGAGAACAACUGCCUGAAAUCUAUGCCAGUAGUCAUAAUGUCAUCUGAGCACGUGCCUGAGAGAAUUAGCAGUUGCCUCGCUGCUGGAGCUGAGGAAUUCAUCCAGAAACCUCUUAAGCUAAGAGACUUGCAGAGAUUACGAAAUUUUGUAAAGCCGGCAACAACUACACCUGUAACAGGAAUGAAGAGAAAGGUGCCACUCGACCUGCUGCCUGAGACCAAUGCAUCAGAAAGGCGACCUCGCCUUGCUGGAGUUGUGGUUGCAUGAGCACAGAUGUAUUACUAAGCUUUCAUCUUUGAAUGGGUGAUCACCAACACAUGUUUGUUGCUUUUCUUUAACUCACUCUUGUUUGGAUAGGAUUUUGUAUAGGUGGGCUGCUUUUUGUUUCUGGUGGCGGGUUUGCGGUCGAAUGGUGGCUUCAAGAUGUUGUGUGUACUGAUGUUGAAUGACUUUUGAACAUGUAUCCUAUCAGUAAUAUCUCUAGUUUUUCUGUUCA